UGCCUUCCUUCCGUCCGGCGUCCGUCCUGCUCCUGUCCGUCCGUCCGUCGUCCGUCCACACUUUACUUCAAACAACAUCUCUGAAACCAACUGGUAGAAGUUGAUGAAACUUGGCCUGGAUGUUCCUUGGAUGAUCAACUUCAAAAACUGUUGAAAGACUUAAAUUCCACACAGAACUCUGGUUGCCAUGGCAACCGAAAGGAAAAACCUUAAAAAUCUUCUUGUCCAAAACCGCAAGGCGUAGAGCCUCGAUAUUUGGCAUGUGACAUCAUCUAAUAGUCUUCUAUGAAGAUUAUACAAAUUAUGCCCCUGGGGUGAAGAGAGACCCCAACCCGGGGUCCUAAGCUUUACAUAGAGUUAUAUAGGAAAAAAAAACAUUAGAAUUUUUCUUGAAUGAAAUUGCAAAGCCUAGGCUUUUGAUAUUUGGUACUGUGUUGCAUUGCCUAGUGGUCCACUACCAAAAUUGUUCAAAUUAUGUCCCGCGGGUGAAAAGAGGCCCUGCCCUGGGGGUCCCAAGUUUUACAUAGACUUAUCAUAAUGAUAGGAAAAAAAUAAAAAUCUUCUUGUCUGAAAGUUCCAGACCUAGGCCUUUGAUAUGUGGUAUGUAGCAUUGUUUAGUGGUUCUCUAACAAGAUUGUUCAAAUUAUGCCCCUGGGGUGAAAAGAGGCCCCGCCCCGGGGUACACUUGUAUAUGAGUUAUCUAGGAAAAAUACUUCAAAAAUUAUCUGAUCACAUUUCCUAGACUGUUUAAUUAUAAUUACCUAUUGAACCCAUGUAAUUAGGGGUCACUUGACUGUGACCUUGACCUACUUUUCGUUUUUGAAGUUAUUUGGACCGCCUGUAUAAUUUUUCAUACAGAUUUCAAUACUUUUGAAUAGUCUUUAUCGUGACCUACUGACCUAGUUUCUUGCUUUUGAAGAUACAGCAUGGAAAUUUGGACCAUGUGUAUAUCUUUUGAUACAGAUUUCAAUAUUCAUCUUUAAUAUUCGUAACUCGACCUACUGACCUACUUUCUUGUUUUUGAAGCUACAGCAAAGAGAUUUGGACCACCUGUAUAAUUUUUAACAUAUUUCAGUAAUUAUCUUGAAUAUUCUUUACCAUGACCAUCUCGCCUAGUUUUUUUGUUUUUGUUUUUGAAGCUUUAGCAAAGAUUUUUUUUCAAGCAAGCAAUUAAACUCAGGUGAGCGAUAUAGGGCCAUCAUGGCCCUCUUGUUUAAAGAUACUUCUUGUUUUUAUUACCUCAUUUUAAAUGUAAGUUAUAUUGGAAAUUAUUUUCUUUAUGUGACGAACUUUGCAGUAAACAGCUGUUUGUUGUCGCUUUUAUGUUUUAUUAGCGUUUUGCAGUUUAUAAGCAGUUUAGGAAAAUUGAAAGUUUUAAAUUGACUGUAAAUUGUUUUAGAUUGAACACUAUUAAGGAGAAGAUGUACUUCAAUUUGGAAAUAAUCAUGUUUUAGGAAAUGAUUUGUUUAUCUGUUUUGCAAAAAAAAAAAAAAUAAUAAUAAAAAAAAUGAUAUAGUGUGUUAUGUGUAUCAAGAUAACAUUCCUGUUGGGGAAAUUUAUUUCAUUAAAUAAAUACAGGACAUGAGGUUUUAUCGAUUGUAGCUCUUUAUGUUUCAAAACAAUUGUGCUGUUUUCUUGAUGUGUUUCACACGAAACCAGCGUCAUUUCACUGAUAAAAACGGGAAAAGGACCUUGAAGAAACUUUACAACAGGAUAUGUUACUAGCACUGAAACGUGCAAACGUCUGUGUGUGUUUUUCAUUAUCUGUGUGUUCGGUGGUGGCGGUGGUAUUGAUGGUCUACUUCCUCAACACGCAACUCGUUUUAACUACCGGUAAAAUUGACAUAGAAACAAGCCAUAGAAGAACGUUUUCAAAGGAUGUCGUGUCAAAAUCCAGCUCAGAGAAAAAACAAUCUAACAUGUUGUCACCACACAUAAAUCCAGUGUUUCAUAUUGACAUGUCUCGGACUAACCUCUUAAUUCUCUUUUGGGAUGCCCCGGACUGGUUUAAAAGAUGGACCUAUUUUGCAGGUACGAAUCAGUGUCGACACUACACGAACUGUGAGCAUUCUUUUGACCUCUCACUUUUAAAUGUGAGUCAGGCAGUAGUUUUUAAUUUGCCGCAUAGAGGAAUUAACAACAAACCGCCUGUGAACUUUAGAAAACCAAAUCAAGCUUGGGUGUUUUUCACGUUAGAAUCUCCUUUACACCUUAACUCUAUUUACAGAAGUGCAGAGUGGCAUAAUAUGUUUAACUGGUCUUGGUCGUAUCACCCAAAUGCGGAUAUAUUUCAUCCGUAUGGGGUUCUAGUGAAAAAACAGCAUCUGCAACACAGAAAUUACUCUACCAUUUUCAGAAAGAAAACAAAGACCGCCGCAUGGUUGGUAAGCAAUUGCAAUGCUCCAAGCAGAAGAAAUGACUAUGUAACGAUUUUAAAACGCUACAUUGAUGUGGAUGUAUUCGGCCGAUGUGGACAAGAGGCUCCUGAAAAUAUUGAAAGUGUUAUAAGUGAACAAUACAAGUUUUAUCUUGGUUUCGAAAAUUCUCUCUGUGAGAAUUACAUGACUGAAAAGGUAUUCCGUUACUACAAAUAUGAUGUUAUUACAGUUCUUAGAGGAAACACUAAGUAUCAGGAUUAUCUUCCAAGCGGUUCCUUCAUAGAUACAGCAAACUUUUCCUCUAUUGCAGCACUUGCUCAGUACAUGAAGGAUCUUGGAGAAAAUGAAGAGAAAUACGUCAGCUUUUUAAAAGUUAAAGACAAGUUUACAGUAUAUGAACGAGAAUUUCUUUACAAGGAUGCUUUAUGCAAUCUUUGUGAAAAAAUAAACAACAUGGAUCAGAAUAGACGGACCUACGACGAUAUAUUCAAAUGGCUAGGACAAUGCCAUAACGCUAGAGAUUUGACAGAAAAUUCUACUUUCGAUAUUUCAGAAAAUGUUGGAAUUCAUUGAGUUAACUGCAAUAACUGAAACUUAAAAUCAAAUAAGUUGUGUCUUUUUAUCAUUUUCCUGUGUGCAUCUUACCAACUUGAAAUGUUAGAAUAAACAUAUUCCAAACGAGCAUUAUUUCAGAGAUGUCAACUCUUUACUACAUUGUACCCUUGGGUUUCUAGAAUAAGGUUUAAUUGAAAAUUAUAGAUAAAAUAUAGGUAUCAAUUAAAAAUAAGAGGGUAAAGAUGGCCCUAGGUCGCUCAACUGAGAAACACAUCAUAACAGUGUAAACAUGUAGGCUUAUGACAAAAGGGAUUUCAUGGAGACAAAAAUUAUAACCAAUUCUCAUUAAGAUGGCAUCUUGAGUGUUAACAAGUAUUUUCUUUGAUUUGACCUAGUGACCAAGUUUUUUAACCCACGUCCCAUAUUUGUGCUUGUCCAAGAUUCCAUAAUAACAAACAUUCUGAAAGCUUCGGGCAGAUUGGAGCAAAAAGGUGGCCGUGUAUACAAGCUUUUCCUUUGAUUUGACAUAGUGACAUAGUUUUGGGCCCCACGUGACCCAGAUUCGAAAUAAUUCAAGACUUUAUGGUAAAAAAAAUUCUGAUCAAGUUUUAUGAAGAUAAAAGAAACCAGAGACAGUAGCAGAUGGUUACAUAAUAAGUGUGACAGCUGACAAACAGUUCAAACACUAAAUGUUUCUUCAGUAUUUUAAAAUUGGGUGGAAAAAAUCACACAGACAAUUGGAGCAUUAGGUGAUAGCAAUUUGGGAAACCUCUUUAUAAUGGUUACCGGUAUAUCAAAUAAUUCUAGUAUUAAAGUAUUAGUGUUAAACCUAAAACGAACUACCUGAAACAAACAUUUAGCUACAAAGCUGCACACAUAUGGAAUUCACUUCCUUCUUACAUUAAACUUCAUAAUAAUAAUAUAACUACUUUCAAGCAUAAUUUAAAGAAUUUUCUCUUGUUACAAUAGUUUUUAGCAAUUAAUUACUUGUAAUUACAAGAAUUUUGUUGAAUUGAUGUUACUAUAUUCUAUUCCAAUAAUAAUAAUAUUCAUACUAUCUUAUUAUUCAAAUCUGGAACUAUUUAUUAUCUUAUGGGACAGACUUUCUUUUUUGUAUGUAUCUUAAUUGUCAUGUAUAAUCAUUGUGACGCAUGGUAAUUAUUUUAAAACAUAGUUAUUGUUACAUUACGUUUAUUUAAGACUUCUUUAAUUUGAGACGUGUUUGUCGAGAAAAUUUAAGUAAUUCUGAAAUUGUAUUUUUGUAUAAAUGUUAAAUUAUAAAUUGACUGUAUGAUUGUGUGUAUGUGUGAAUGUAUAUCAGUUGAAGGCCAUACUGGAAAUAAGUUGUAAAAUAUCUGUAUUUGUACACUUAGUAUGUCACCUUCAGAAAAUAAAGCUAUUAUUAUUAUUA